GGUGGAUUCCUCGGUCAGCCCCAAGCACUGUUUCCGGACGGUCGGAAGCGAAUACCCACCUGUCUCUGGUAGCGCGGGAACCUCCGUCUUCUGUGGCGGCUCUCGGGACUCACCGCAACCACACGCACACAGCGGAUCGACCCCGUUCCGGGCAUCUCUCGUUUCUUUGACACCGCCCCAUUGGCCUUGCGACCGCCCUGCCGAUCGCUUCCCACCGCUACCUCUGCAAUCAUGGCGGAACCUGCCCCCAAGGCUGCCGACGUCGAAAUGACAAGCGAGAACACAGUGCCACAGCCAUCUGAGCCGUUGCCGAUAAACGAAGUGGACGGGGGGAAGGAGGAGGCGGAGCACAAGGAGACAGUUGGUGAACCGGUGGCGGAAUCGAGCGUCGUGGCAGCCUCGGCAGAUGGGUCACCGAAAGGAAAGGAUAAGGACGGGCCGCCGCCGCCAGUGGCUGGGAAGCCAAGAGAGGCCGACUCGCUGUCAAUAGGACCGUCCGACCUACCGCCUCCCGCCCUCGCGGCCGGCGACACGGACGCACCCGUUUGCGCCAUCACCCUGCUGCUACCGACGGGCGCCAGGCACCCCUACAGGAUCGACGAGAAGUACCUUUCGAAACGCAACGUCGAGGUGCCAGAGGUGACGGAAUCGGGCGGGCGGGACCCGUUCAGCAUAUCGGUGUAUAAGUUGAAGGAGUUGAUCUUGCGGGAGUGGCGGGAAGAGUGGGAUGGCAAACCCGCGAGCCCGAGUAGCAUUCGGCUGAUCCAUUUCGGAAAGCUCUUGGACGACAAGGAGCAGUUGAAAAAGUACCAGUUCAGCCGGGAUAGCCCCAAUGUUGUCCAUAUGUCGGUGCGCCCUCCCGAGAUGAUGGAGGAGGAAGAGACAGCCAAGAGCAAGGCCCACAGCCGGGAGGGGCGGAGUCGAGAUGGCGGUAGCGGUUGUUGUGUUAUCCUAUGAGCCACGACUAAUUGGGCUUAAUUUUUUGAAAUGGACGCUGGGUCUUGCUUUUGGGCUGAUUCGGGAUUUAUGUCGUUGUCAUUCAACUGCAUUCAGAUGGUAAGGAGCGCGGAAGCGAUGUUUUGCACGACGCUUUUCUCAUUCAAUGUACACGGGUGGAGGGGCAGGGACUGGCGUACUGAGUUGUUUUGACUUUUUGUUUUGUUUUGUUUUGCGUACAAAUACAUGACGGGGGAUGGCCCACAGGGUCACCCAGCGAUGCCUUAGA